AGUACCAUCAGUAGUCAGUCUCACAGCAGCUUCAACGCACUCAUACAUACAUACACACACACACAUAGUGAGGACGUAAAAGGAGAUAGUUGCAAGAAGGAAGCAAAGAGAUUCUCGGCUAGUCUCUCUUCUUUUUGUCUCCUGUUUUUUGCAUUCCUGAUAUGACCCUGUUCAGCCCAAGAUACACGAGCAUGAGUGGAGAGUUGAAGUCCAGCCGCUCCAGGGCAGCGAGUAAGAGGGCCAGCAACACCACUUAUGGAUCUGAGUUAGACCUGGAGUAUGAUAGCUACCAUGAGGACUACUAUGACAGGGUGUAUGACUACCAGCGUGUGCCGGCCUCCUUGUCUCCUCUCCCUCUGGGACCCAGUCUGGCCAAGCGAUCCCGUUCCUCCUCCUACUCCACCGGGCACAGACGCAGUCGAGACAGAACCCACUCCAAAAGCUCACGAGCCCACUCAACUAGUUCAUCCACAGCCAAGUUGGGCAUGGAGGAGUUGCAGGUGAUUAAAAAGGAGCUGACUCUGAUAAAGACACAGAUCGAUGGUCUGCUUGACAGUCUGGACAGGAUGGACACACAGCGGAAUGACCACAAAGGUUCUCCACUGAGAGAGGACAGUCCAGCUGGCUCAGGGUCCGCUCUGUCCGCCAGCAGUCCUGAGCACUCCCUCUCCUCCCUCUCCCCACCCAGCGCCCGCCAUCGAAUCCACAGGGAGCCCGAUGAUGACCACCACACGAUGAGCAACCACAGCUCAGACCCAGAGGAGGAAAUAUGAAGGAGGAAAAUAAGAAGACAUAGAAGACGUGGAUUAAGUGCCAAACAUGGAGGAAGAGAACAUAAACUAUGAAGUCAACACACAUAUCAGAGGAUCAUCUCCCCUCCAACAGAUUGUUCAUUUCUGACAACACACCAUCUAAUUGUUUCACAACAGUUUGGUUUCUGUGAAGUAGUUUGAGGAAAUACCAAAACACUGACACUGGUGACUUUAACACAGUAAGUAAGCUACAUACACAUAAUUGUGAAGAUUUUGUUAUGUUAAAGUGAGAGAGAGAGAGAGUGGGAUCUUAUCCUGAGAGUAAUUAUAAAGAUUACCUAGAGGCAUGGUGGUAAAUUAAACUUACUUUUAAUAAUCCUGCCUAGGCAGACCAUCCUAUUGUACUGUGUUAACUGGGUUGUACAGCAGCAAUUUUCCAGUAUUAAUACAGAUAUUGCAAUAUUAAUCCAAAUGAGACAAUAGACUUCUCUGAUUAAAAAAUUAUGUAAGCAGCUUACCAGAUUAGCUUGGUCGCAUUAAAAGUAUUUUUCUAAACAUGCUGCAAAAUGUCAAACUGUUCCCACAGAAAUCCUUAAUGUGCUGUAAAUCUAGUGUCAAAAUGAAGCUGUUUAGUUUCUGCUGAAUAUCCAGAAACUGUCAAAUUAAAAGAUUGACUCCUGUCUUUUUAAAAUAUGUGUAUUUCUUUGUGAUAAAGCCUAUGUCUAAGUCUAUGUCAGAAUAAAAAAUAAAUAAUGCAAACCCAAUAUAGAAUGAGGCAGACCCAUAAAGAGUGGGUGGAUUUAACCAUUUGAACAGCUAAGGAUUAUUGUCAUUUUCAGGAUAAGGGCAUAGACUAGUGUGUGCAUGUAAAGUAGAAAUGAAACUCUCUCUGCAAAUGCCAGACUGUUUUGACCCUUCAAAGGAAAUCUAUACUCACUCAGAUUUGAUCACUGAAGAGUUUAUUUUCUUCCUAUACCCGACUUACUGUGAAGUAAAUUCAAAAUGUAACAAUCAGAGUAGAUCAUAGUUAUCACUGAGAGGCUGAAAAGAUCAUUCAGGAGGGAAUAAAAGUUGUUUUCUGUUUGAAAUGUCAUUGUGACUAACAUAAAUGUUCUAGAAAUGAUCCUGUUGAAGAAAUAAAGGUGUUUUCCCUAUUUUAGAUAUAUUAGAGGAAUGUUUCAAAUGCUCUUCCACCAUGUAUUUGGCACUUUAAGACAUGCAGACGCGCAGGUCAGUGUGUAAUAUUGUGUAUUACUGUAAACUUUUCUGUAAUUGUUGAACUGUCUGAUUUGAACCUUGCUUUAGGACUUCACAUAUGUUUGUUUUUUUAAAAGAAAAUAAGCAAUGUAUGAAGAUAAUUCAUAUUGUGUUACAUGUUUUUGUUUGCAUUCUUAAAAUAAGCCAAGUGGAAUUACUCCAUGUCACAGUAGUAAAAGUAUUUUCAUAUUGAGUAUAAAUACAGUAAAUGGUAGUGUGUUUUUAUUUUAUUUUAAACUGACAUUUGGAUAAAUAAUGGAAAGAAUGUGAGGCAGAUGGCAUUAUAUAAACAAACAAUUUUGAUAUCGUGACAAUGAUGGAAGUGCAUGUCCUGUUUUAAAACUGGGGUGGUGAGGUGCAUUAAUGUUACAAUAAUUGAAGGAUACUAUAAAAAACAAAGGAACACAGUAAGUGGUGCCAGAUUAUGGCAUGGCACGUUGAACCAGCAACGUCACUGUUCCUUCAAACAUGGAGCAAUCGAAGGGGACCGGAAAGGACAUUUUUCCUUAUAUACAUAUUUCUGUGUGUGUUGGAUCCCAAUCAACAGACUGCAGCUGAUUCUAGUGGAAGAUGUUUGUCUGUUACUUUUUUCAACAGUAGGCUACAUAGUGUCUGGCUGACCUACACUAAACUAUUCCACAAACCAAAGAAUUGUACCUGCAGACUAUGCACCAUCAGCUGUUUCUUUUACAGCCAUCAUGUUCUGCUGAUGAAGCCAAAUAAGUGAAGAGGAGACUUGAGACACUAAAGAUUCAUGUACUUUUAA